CCCACCCCUCCCAGCACUCCACACCUUUUCCGGCUGGUGCUGGUGGCAUCUGCACUCAAAGCACCGGAGGAAACUUUCAAGUCCCUUACCCCUCAUCUUGACUUGGGUCUACGUUAGCUUUCAAAAGAGAAGCCCAGGGACAGCCAGGCAUGCUCUGCUGCAGCUCCUCCUUCCCUAAGACCUGUCCCUGAUGUCAUAACUGGGUAGUAACUAUGACAGCCCGUCAUGGGGACAGCUAAGUACCUCACAGCGGAGUCUAGGUGCCUCAUUUCAGAAGUAAGACUAGGAAGAGAAGAUGAACAAUUCCCUGGAUUACCUAGCCUACCCUGUAAUCGUCUCUAAUCACAGGCAGAGCACAACAUUCAGGAAGACCCUGGACUUUGGCCAUUACCUAUCUCACAAGAAUAGAAUACAAAUCGUGAAACCUGCUGUUGAUACCAAACCUCCAGUGGCGCACACACACCACAUUUUAAAACUGAGCAAACUACAGGGUGAACAAAGGAAAAUCGACAAAAUCGAAUAUGAAAACAAGCAACUGUGUCAGAAAAUCGCCAAUGCUCAUCGCGGUCCUGCCACGGUAGAUUGCUGGAAUGAAUAUUUUUCCAAGAGCUUAAACAGAGAAACAAGGAACCGGGAGCUAGUGAGAAUCACCGUGGAAAACCUGGGCAUUCUGAAGAGGCUUGGUGAUCGCAAACCGUUCUAUGACCGCAGGUCAUCGGAGAUGGACUGGCAGAAUUCAAGAUGCUACAUCAGAAAUACAACAAAAUAUCUUCUCUCGCAAGAUGAAUAGGUAUGUCUUACCCCAGUUGCUCUUUACUGUAGGACACAGUGAUCACAAUUGAUACCAAAGCCCCAAGAACUGUAUAGAUGGAGAGCAAGGGUCCUAGUUAUGGGGUGAAUUUGCUCUUCUAUAAUAUUGAUUGGUCAUCCAUUCAGGGAACUUGGAGCUCUGUCUUUGUUUUCUCUCCAAGUAAGUAGGAAAUGACUGUCUUUCGUCAUCAGCUUUGAGGCUUUACAUGAGUCUUAGGAGAAGUGAUUUUGUUCCAAGAAGAUAUAAACAGGAGGUCUCAUGGCUUAAAUGUUGUGCCAAAGUUACAUUACAGGUCUCUGUCACUAUUCAGAUGUACUAUUGUGUUGGCAUUUUGUAUUAUUGAACAUUAUUAGUAAUGACUGAGUUUGGUUUUUCCCCUCCUGGGGAAAAGAAUAAAUGGACACGCAGGCUUUCCAAAGAAGAGUUCUGUAUAAUUGAUGGUUCUCCAUUUCUCUCUCUCUCUUCUCCCUAAAUACAAGGUUACUCACCAUGGAAAAGAUACAAGGAAGGCCCUAGGAUUUCUUAGCUGCUUAGAAUCUCAAGACACUCCUAAGUGGCUGAAUGCUUACUCUUAGGAUGCUACAAUAAAGCUUGGAACAUAAAAUGAGUAAAUUAACAUUUAAGGUACCCACAGGCUUUAAGUCUCAUCCCCAAAUGGAGACACAAUGGGGCAGGCAGAAGGAAAGACACCAAGCAUUUUUAUUUGGGGCUAUGAAAAGAAGUUUUAAUGAAAGAAAACUUUUUAAAACAUACACGAUCACCACCAUCCUGGGGGGAAUAGGUGUAGGGAGAUGAUCUAGCCAAAAGUUCAGCUCUGUCAAAAUGGAAAACAAAAGCAUGUGAUGAAAUUAAGGUCCAGACAGCACAGAGAACAAAUGCCAGUAGUUUCUCUGUGAAUACACA